GGGACCUCCGCUGUCUCCGAGUCCGCUGCUGGCUUUCGAGUUCGUCCUCACUCACCUCUACCACGUCUAACACCAAGGGAUAGGUCACUACUAUUCGGUGCAUUGGAAUCCAUUACUGCAGGUCAUUGACCUCGCCAGGCCAUCUUUCUGACGACUGCAGUCCUGACUUCCGCGCCGUGCGAUCAUCCUGACAAAUCACCGACUCUAGCUAGGGAAACCACUGUCCUACCAAUCUUCACCUUCGACGUCGGUUGAAGAGACUUUACAGCCUCCAGGUCAUAUACAUACUGCGCGGUCUCAGCAUGUCCGCCGAACGCAGCAAGCGGCCCCUGUCCCCUGCUCCGCUGCCUCCUCCGAAGCGCCUCCACUCGCCAGGAGGGUCCCACCGCUCCCACCAGAAUCAGUCGACCUUCGACAGCCUGCUCUAUGACGAACUCAUUCUUGUCAUAUUCUCCUAUCUUCCGUGGGCCGACCUGUGCACCGUCCAGCGCACGAACAGGAACUGGGCGAGGCUCGCGCUCGACAACCAGCUGUGGAAGAACUUGUACUUGAGCGAGUACGGUCGGCCCAGACUCCGCGGGGUGAGAGGCUUCAUCGGCCGUGCGGACGGGCGAGAGGUCCGACCCCUGCCUGGGCGAGCCAGGUCGGAGGAUGUGAAGGAUUGGAAGUGGAUGUUUCGCAUCAGCUCUAAUUGGCGAACAGGCCGCUGUUCCGUUGAGAACUUGCAUACUGGUCUUGACUAUUCGGCACUACACCCUCCGGCGACCUCUGGCCAAGCAGAUAAUCUGCUUGAUGAACAGACCUUCCUGCUGUUAGCAGGCGACAUGACCAUCUCUGCAUCCUCACGCCCAUCGACGGCCCCUCGGAUAACUCUUGCAUCUCCUGCACACGAGACACAUACGAUCCGUUCCCCCUCCGCCCGGACGUCGGAUCCAAUCCGCAUCACAGCUCUCGCACUUGAUCAGUCGCCACCCUCGACCGCCCACCGCAUCCGCCUCAUCUCGUUCCUGUCCACGGGCGAGUUCUCCAUCUUCAACGUCGACCACCACACGCCCGCGCACUCCUCACGACUGCUCACUUACGUGCCCACAUCCAGAAGCACCCGCACCGCACCGAUCAUCCAGGCCGUCUACCACCACCCCCUACUCGUCACGCUUUCGAAGUCCUUCCAACUCUCGCUGUACGACCUUUCCGACGACAAAGUCGUCCACACGCAAACGCUCACCUCCUUCACCUCGCACCCGCCAAGCUCCCUUGUACUCUCCGCGCCCUCGCCGUCCACCUACAAGCUCGUGCUCGCCUACGCCAUCCCCGUCUACCCCUCCCACUGGAGCGUCGGCGCUACGGAGCUCCUCAUCUCCAGCAGCGUGAGCAUGGAUGUCGCCGCGCGUAUGACCGUCGCCGCCUCGCGCACCACCCGCGCGAUCGACGUCCCCCAGGGCUGGAUCGACGAGAACAAGCUGAGGCUGAUCCGCGAGCAAUGGGCGCGCAAGGUCGCGCGCGUCGCGGACACGCAGACGGAUGGGAAAUGGGUCGUCCUCGCUCCGGGCGACCCCCUACCUGCUUCUCGCGCAGCCUCGCCCACCCUGUCCGCUUCAUCGUCAUCAUCGUCACUGUCACCACCCCCUAGCUCACAGUCGACCUUCACGUCGUCGAGCAUGCACACGGCGAGCGCCCUGCAGCUCUACCGUCUUCACCUCCCCGCGUCGUCCUCGCCCACCGCAGUCCCGAAGCUGACCUUCGUGCGCAGCUUACACGGCCAGAUCGGGCCGGUGUCCGCGCUCGCGCUGGCGGACGGACGGUGUGUCAGCCUCGGCGUGAAUGGCAGCAUAUGGGUGUGGGAUCUCGAGGGCGGGACAGGUGCGGAGGUGUCUGGCGGCGUCGAGAUUGAGAGCGUUGAGGAUGGUGAGCAUGCGAGCUGGAGUGAGGAUGAGCGAUUACGUUCGGCGGCGGCGGUCAAGGGUACGGUCGUGUUUGACGAACGGAGGAUAAUCAGCUCUGAUGUAGACGGCGUGAGGGUAUGGAGAUUCGACGUGUAACUGUUUUU